UGAGAACCGAGCGGCUCGAGCACCGCGCGCAGGUGUCGACGAGUCAUCUCGGAUUGGGAUUAAAACACGCCGCUGAAGCUGCUGCUGCUGCUCCGCUCUCACUUCCUGGUUUGGAGCAGCGCUGUCUGUCUGUCUGUCUGUCGGCGGGCUGUCUGCGGCUCCGCCUGUCUGUCGCCGGCCUGUCUGUGGGCAGGGCCAUGCGGCUGCCGCGGGGGGCCGGGCUCGGGCGCCUCGCAGCUGGAGCUCUGCGCAGCAGCCAGCAACACGUGUGUGUGUCCGGCCGGGCGGCUGCAAGCAUGGCCGAGGAGGCGAAGAAACUGGCCGCGUAUGCCGCAGUGGACAACCACGUCCAGAACAACCAGGUGGUCGGCGUGGGCAGCGGCUCCACCAUCGUCUACGCCGUGGACAGGUUAGCGGAGAGAGUCCGUCAGGAGAAGCUCAACAUCGUGUGUGUGCCCACUUCCUUCCAGGCUCGCCAGCUGAUUCUGCAGCACGGCCUCACGCUCUCCGACCUGGACAGGCACCCAGAGCUGGAUGUGGCGAUCGACGGGGCGGACGAGGUGGACGCAGAGCUCACACUGAUCAAAGGGGGAGGGGGCUGCCUGACUCAGGAGAAGAUAGUGGCCGGCUGCGCCAAACAUUUCAUUGUCAUUGCCGACUACAGGAAAGACUCCAAGGCUCUGGGCCAGCAGUGGAAGAAGGGGGUUCCCAUCGAGGUGAUUCCCAUGGCGUACGUUCCCAUCUCCAGGACGAUAGCCAAGCGCUUCGGAGGGGAAGCCAACUUAAGGAUGGCUGUCAGCAAAGCAGGGCCUGUGGUCACUGACAACAGCAACUUCAUCCUGGACUGGAAGUUUGAGCACGCGCAGAACUGGAAGGAAGUCAACACCGCCAUCAAGAUGAUCCCAGGUGUGGUGGAGACGGGGCUCUUCGUCAGGAUGGCUGAGCGGGCUUACUUCGGGAUGGAGGACGGAAGCGUGCAGUUUCGGGACGCUCCGAUCAACUGAAGACUUCUGCCAUAUUCGCCGUCGCCCAUCUUGAACGACCUCACUUCUCCCUCAAGUGCCGAAUCUGAUCAUUACCCACUAGUGUUGCACGGUGUACCGAAACUCCCAAAAGAUGGUACCCAAAAGAUGGACGGGAUGCCCAACGGCUUAACAGGCCAGCAGCAGAGUUUAUCUGUCAAGGUACCGAGUAUCGAAUUGGCAUCGAAGUCGAAAAUUUGGUAUCGUGACAACACUAGUACAACACUCACGGACUGUGUUGGGAUGGCGCUGCACCUCCUGCAUUCAGCUGGACGAGAGUGUGGCGGAAAACUUCUCACACAUUUCCAAAAAAAAAAAAAAAAAAAAAAGUGUUUUAAGACUGAGGAGCACUUGAUUUUGUUUAUCCUGCAAGUGGUGCUUUCAUUUUUGUGAGUGUUCAAGUGCCUGAUGAGUAAAAUCAAGUGCAUCUGUGGUAGUUUAGAAUAUUUCUUUUUUCCUUUUCUCUCUGUGUUUUUUUUUUUUUUUCCUGCUCAGGUCAGCUGCCUGGUCACACCGGGACUGGAGCCUCUUGCUGUAAUUAGGGGGUUUGAUUGAAUGUGUGUGGGUCUGUGGUUCUCAGCCAGGCUGCUGAGGCGCGCUGCAGUGCUGUGGAGAGCACUAAGGUGUGCCUGGAGAUUUUUACAAGUACAAUCCUGACAAAAAAAUGACUCUAAUUAAAUUCACUUUAACAAGCUUAUAAUCAUACUGUUUCAUGGAGGUUGCUGCAGUUUAGGUCAAGUCCAGCAGCUCGCUGAGCGCCCGAGGCACUGCGAGCAAUCAAGGAGCUGAUGUGCCUCGGAGCUUUUGUGUUCUGCUGGGAAAAUGGGAUAAUUUCGGAGAAUACAGUAGGUCCUAGAGCUGCCUAAUGUCCUGCCACAAUCCCCAUCAUAUAUUAAACACAAGCAGAAAGGCUGUAAAGUCAUUAAAAGUUGACUAAUUAGCAAAUAUUUUCGGUUAACAUACUCUGUCAUGUCUUGUUUUGGAGUCACUGUGUUCACAAGAGGCCCAGUGACUGAAGCAGAGCACUGAUGAGUAAACACAGUGCAUAAAAACAAAACACACACACACACACGGGUUGGGACGGAGCUGUACACGAUGUACGACAGCUGGUGAACCUGCAGCACCUGACUGGCUGAGAACCACUUCCCUUUGGUGAAGGUGAAAUCGCACUGCAAGAGCAGACGCUUCGUCCUUGUGUCUCAAGCAAUGUUUUUUUUUUUCCCCCAAAUUGAAAACGUUAUCUCGCAGUGUGACCGACAAUGUCACCUUUCCUUCAGAGAUGUUUUGCACCUCAGUGAAACCGAAACCUGCAGCUUUCCGCUUUCUCUUCCUGUCUGCGGUCGCCGUGUUUGAAUGCAUGGAUUAACUUUGCACCGUUUUGAUGAAAUUGAAUGGAGCGACACACAUUCAAUUUCCAUGAUCGCAGCUUAGCCACUUAAUUCACCAAGCGUUUUUACUCAUAAUAGAAAUUGGUAGUGGUUGAAAUGCCAUGGAGAACAUUUUAUAUGCACAAUCUUGAAAAGCCUUCACUCUGUCGGCUAGCAGAGCGCCAAAUGCUGAGAAACUGAGAAACCCUGUGUUUGGCUUUAAAGUUUUUCCACUCCCCCCAACUCCUCCUGAGUUUGGUGUCCAGCCAUCAUGUGGAGAUCCUGCUGUCGGGGUCUGGCUGGCUGGUGAGUUAGAGGUCGUGCUCGAGUCAGGGUCCUGCUCCUGUGAUUAGUGUGGCUCAGGGAGUCCAGACAGUUUGGGGAAUCGGUGUGAUUUCCCCUGUGUUUUCAGCAGCGCUCGCUCUAUUGUCAAAUUAGUCAGUAAGGAGUGUUCAAGUGCAGAAGUCUGGAGUUAUCAUUCCCAUCCUCCUCCUCCUCCUCACAGUCAGUCCGCUGAAUGUCUCUGCCGUGCAUGUGUAGCUCUUCUUUUCUGUGCCUGUUUGGUCACUUGCAUGCAGUUUCCUCAAACCUUACCCAAGCGGUGACAGGAAGUCUUGUGCCAUCAUUUCUCCCAGUUCAGAGUGUAACAACACACAGACAGCGGCGUGUGGUAAUGCCGAUGGGCAGUCGGUCUAACAAAUAUGAAUGUAAGAGUUUCCCCGUCCUGUAUUUUGAGUACAUGGUGAAUAAACAGGGUGGGGUGGGGUUGUCGCUGCAGUGCAUGCGCACGUGUGCCUUUCCCUCCCUAACCACCAGGGCGUCGUCUUCGAUUCCAGCUGUAAGAAAACAUGUGGUUAACGUAGCCGUCCAUGCAACAGCUGCCCAUGAGGGUUACUGCACCAAGACUGCAUGUGUGUUGCUUCAAAUGUUGUGCUGUAACGUCUGAGGGAAGCCCAGCCGAAAUCGAAGCAGUAACUGUCUUCCGCUCUCUUCACAGGCUGCUCGCUCUCUGCCUGUCUCUUGUUGAGAUUUGAAAUAAGUCCCAGGUAUCUGAAAUUACCUUCUCUACCGAACCCGGCGUGGUCGCAGCUGUAAAGGUGUAGCUGAUUUCACAUCUGUGUUGGGUGAGCAGCUGGCCUCACAGAUCUCCCCACAGGCCUGCAACGUGCCUCCAGUCUGCAGCUCAUAUCCAAUUCUCCGGCAGUACCUGGGAGUUCAUUUCCAAAAUGUUACCCGUUCAAACAUGAUUGCCGAAAGUUCAACACUCUAUCUCAAAUUAUAGAGGAUCUACUUUGUGAAAUUGUCAUUCUGUGUACCAGGGACAUCUUACCUCACUAUGGGUAGUUUUAAAUUUGUGCAACUAAUAAUUUUGUAAGCGUAGGUGUCUUUUUUUUUUUUCUUCUCAAUAUAAUGGUGGAUAUCUCACUCUAGAAUCAAACUCUUCACUUGGCCUCUGGCUCCAUGUUGAAAUGCCUUACACUUGCUUUUUCUUUUUUUCCUUUUUUUUUGUAUUUUAGAUAGCCGAGAGCCUCUGAUGAACACACAGGCUGGGAGAUUAAAACAGUUUGGGGCUGUGUUAGAUUUCAGACCAUGUUAGGUAGUUUUUGCACCAGCAUUUCCUUCAUUUACUCUUCUUUACCACUAAGACUGUGAUAUUUUUCUCUCUCUCUCUUCCUGUGUUAAGGUAUUACUGUGGUUUGUAUGUCAACCAAAUACAGGACCAAACCUUAAGACA